UCGUUGGUGGAACUCUCGCGAGAUGGUUGAUGUAGUGUGGCCUGGCUCUCCCAGGUUCACGUAGUAGAAGGAGAAGCGGAGUAUUAGACUGGAGGCGAACUCUCGGUGUACCGCGGCCCUGACCACCGACAGCCAUGUCCGUGACGGCCGCUCGGCCUUCUUCUCCCCGGGAGGAAGGCGAGUUGGAGGACGGCGAGCUGAGCGACGACAGCGUGCGACCAGAGAGCCCUCAGCAUGUCCGGCACCGGCCACCCAGCAGCCGAGGGCCCCCGCGUCCCCCAUACAGGUCCCGUCCGCAGAGACCCCCGCAUGGCUACCGCCCGCCACCACGAAAUCCACAACCGCCGCCACCUUCCAGGCCCUCGUUCUGGGAGCGCAGCUAUGACACGCUGGGCCGCUUCCGUUCACGGGGGAGAGGCGGAAGGUUCUGGGACCGGGAAUGGGGGGACCGAGUGAUCAAACCGGGAGGAGCGAGACCAGGCAACUGGAGAGCACCGUCCCCUCGGAAACUUAAAAGUGUUGUUAGAUCUCCACCUAGAAAAUUUAGUCAUUCAUCAAAAAAUGAAAACUGUGAAGAGGAGAGCUUUGAAGAUCUGCUUCUAAAAUAUAAGCAGAUAAAACUUGAACUUGAAUCCAUUAAUAAGGAUGAAAAAAUCGCUCUCAAAGAACAGCAGAGUAAAGAACAUGAAAGUGUUUCGGAAACCACCGUAGAGAUCCCUGUUAAGGAAGAAAGUUCUACUGGUGAUGCUGUAAUUCUGGAGGCACCUGUGGAGGAGAAACCGCCGGUGAAGACUUUCCAGGCCUUUGAGCUUAAACCUCUCAGACAAAAAUUAAAACCUAUUGCCGAGAAGAAAGAAAGUAUUGUGGAAGAAUCCAGCCCAGCUGUGAUUACCAGUGACACCGAGACUCAUGAACAAGAGCUUGAUGAAAUUGAUCAGGCAGUUACCCCUGAAAGCAACACUACAGAUGACAAAAAUGAGAACCCUGUCAGAGAGGAAGAGGAAUUAUCAGAGCUUCAUUUGCGUCUUCUGGCUUUGCAGUCUGCAAGUAAAAAAUGGCAUCAAAAAGAACAAAUGGUAAUGAAAGAGGGCAAGGAAAAGUUAUCAAAGGGCAAGGUAGAGCCCCAAAAAGAGAAGGUCCAGACAGAGCCCCAAAAAGAAAAGAUCAAGACAGAGCCCCAGAAAGAAAAGACCAAAGUGGAGCCCCAGAUUGAGAAGGGAAGCUCAAAUUCCUUUACAUCACGGAAAGUCAACAGUGCUGCUUAUGCAGCAAAACAGGCGCUCAGAAGACAACAAACGAAAGCAUGGAAAAAGUUGCAACAACAGAAAGCUGAAGAAAAGCGCAGAGAGGAAGAGGAGAAAAGGAAACAGGAAGAAGAAGAAAAAAGAAAACGAGAAGAAGAAAUAAGAAAAAUUCGAGACCUUUCCAACCAGGAGGAACAGUAUAACAGGUUCAUGAAGCUUGUAGGAGACAAGACUAAACGGAGCAAGUCUUUCGAUGCAGAUCAAAAACGAUCUGAAAAGCUUGACAGCUCUGGAUGUGUUUACCAGUAUGACAACUAUGAGGAGGUUGCAAUGGAUACAGACAGUGAAACAAAUUCACCAGAUGCAUCGCCAACAAGACUACAUUAUUCUGCUUGCAACUCUGUGGGACAUCUACCCUCUGCGUUGUGUGUAACAGAUCAAUAUCCUUCAGAUAUGUGGCCACAUCUCGGUGAUAUCUCAAUGUAUGCCUCUGUAUUCUCUGGAGCUGCUUCAGAAAUAUCAGUCCCACCUCCACCACUUCCACCAGAAGAGCCAGAGCAACCCCCUAAGCCUCCUUUUGCAGAUGAAGAGGAAGAGGAGGAAAUGCUACUUCGUGAAGAACUUUUGAAAUCUUUGGCUAACAAGAGGACUGUCAAACCAGAGAAGCCGAGUAGUAAUCUGCCUCCGUCACCUUCUAUUGUUAACAAUAUUAUGCCUGUGCCAAGGAUAAUGUUAACCACAGCCAGUGUGAACUCUGUCACUCUUCGCAAGAAUAAUACUCACAUUUCUAGAGUCCUGAGACCUAUAAGACGUGUUAUAAAGCUUCCAAGGCACAAGUCAGUAGUCGUAACACUGAAUGCUUCUGACUCUGAUGAGUCGGACCCAGAGCCACCCAGUCCGGGUCUUGGUGUUUUUGGAGGGUUGGAAUCUAUGAUCAAAGAAGCCAGAAGAACUGUAGAGGCAUCAUCAAAACCAAAAGCAACUUCUAAAUCUGAAAAAGAAAAUGAUCCUUUGAGGACCCCAGAAAGUUUACCAGAUGAUAAGAAGAUUGAAUAUAGACUUCUGAGGGAAGAGAUUUCUAGUCGGGAAAAACAGAAACUCUUAAAAGUGGACCAGACAGUAAUGAGUGCAUCUCCAGCAAAUUCUGAUAUAGAAGUAGAUGGGAACUGUAAACCUGUAAAGGACCCGAAAGUGGCAGAGGCUGAAUCAAGACAUACAAAUCAAAAAAUGCUCUUGGUUAAGGAUGAGUCUGUCCUGAAAAAUCUCUUGCAGCAGGAGGUGAAAAAAAAGGAAUCGAUCAAAAAUGCAGAGCUAAAAAUUACCAAACUCACUGAACAACUGAAAGCAACGGAAACCUUUCUGAAUGCCAGCAGAGCCUUUCUCAAAAACUUACAGGAACAGAUUGCCAAAGUACAGCACCGAGUUUUAGAUACAAGGAGUCUUGCAUUAAAAUCUGGGGAAGAACUUGCACGAGCUAAAGCAUUGGUUAGUCAAGAGUUGGGGAAAAGGAAGCUUGAGCCGAGCACUGUUAAAGCUAGUAAGAUCUUUAAACCAAAUCCUGGAUCGGACAGCCCCAGAAAGCAGUCUGCAGGGUCUAUUGCACUUGAAAAGAAACGACUACAAGAAUUGGAAAAAGAAUAUGCUCUGAAAAUUCAAAAACUAAAAGAAAUGCAAGCUAAAAAAAUUAAAGAACAGACUAUUCAAUAUCCACCUGUGAUUGAAGAGCAACCAGAGUUUGUCCUACCACAGCCAUCCCUCCUUGACCUCUCCCAGGACAAAAUAACUCUUGACGCAGGGGAAAUUGAGCCCGAAGAUGAAGACUUAUCUACCUCUGUUAAAGAGCGACGGCGAUCAUUCCGUGAUUUAAACUCUUUUACCAAACCUAACUUGAAGCACCCGGAGCUUACGCCUUAUAAGGACAGUAAUGCUAAGCCUUCCAAGACUUCUACAGAGGGACCAGAACUGUUUAUGGGUUUAAAUAUUGAUGAACUUAAAAGUCUUAAUUCCUCCAGCCUUGACCUGUUAGCAGAGCUUCUUUCAAAGGGAGAUGCACUACUAGUAUCCCAGGACAAACUGUCUUCAGGAAAAGUGACUCCUGUGGAUAUGGAUUUGAUUGCCACUCAGACGAAACAGACCGAUGUAAAACCUGUCCCUUUUGGGGUAUAUGAGAGCCCACUUCAUGUAUUUAAGUCUUAUAGAUUCAGUCCAUAUUUUCGCACGAAAGAGAAGCUGCUUCUGAGCUCUGUAUCUUACAGCAACAUGAUCGAGCCCAAGACUUUUUUCUGUCACUUUGACCUUACAGGCACAUGCAAUGAUGAUGACUGUCAGUGGCAACACAUGCGUGAUUGCACGCUUAGUCGUAAACAGCUAUUUCAAGAUAUUUUGUCUUAUGACUUGGACUUGAUUGGAUGCUCUGAGAAAAGUACUGAUGAGGAAAUCGUAGCUGCAACUGAAAAAUACGUCGACCGGCUUUUUGGUGUUAACCGGGAUAGCAUGUCGAUGGAUCUGAUGUCGGUUCUUCUUGUGAGUCAUGUCAAUGAGAGCCGAAAUCACGUCCCUCCACACACUACAUAUAAAGAUAAGAGAAAAUGGAAGCCCAUGUACUGGAAAAAACCUGUUUCAGAUAGUAGCAGCAGUGAUGAAGAGACUACAAAAGUGGUUAGCUGUGUUCCAGCAAGUUCCCUAGAGCUCAAAACAAAGGUUCCUAUUCAUGAUGGUGUUGUCACUACAGAUGAUGUCAGGUAUUUCACAAAUGAGACUGAUGACAUUUCUAACCUGGAGGCAAGCGUGCUUGAUAACCCUCAAGGUGUUCAGCUGUGGAUCAAGUUGACAUACAGGUGCUUAAAUCAAAAUGAAGGGACUUCCUCUGAACGUUUGGAUUCUUCUUUGAAUGUAUUGUCCCGAGCAUUAGAACAUAACAAAAACAAUCAAGAAAUCUGGAUCCACUACCUUAAAUUAUUUUCUAAAAGGGGGACCGCAGAAGAAAUUCGGGAGAUGUGUGAGACUGCUGUGGAAUAUGCCCCUUCCUUUCAGAUUUGGUGGAGUUUUCUGACUUUAGAGCAUUCCUUUGAUGGGAAAGAUCAAGUGUGCAGCCGUGCAAUACAGUACCUUAUGCAGAAAAUACAGGAAGAUCAGAAAUCUGAACUGCUUUCAUUGCAGUGUUUGGAAGUUCUGAUGUACCGUGCACAUCUAAACCUGUUCACAGGAAGAAUGCAAAACGCUCAUGCUAUUUUACAGAAUGCUUUAAAGUCUCCUUGUGAGAAGAGUAUAGCAGAUCACCUUACUCCCCAGGACCGCUGCUUAGCAUGGCUUUCUUACAUUCACCUCAUGGAGUACAAUACUCUACCUGCUAAUUUCUAUGACCCAACAAUUGCAAACCCUUCCAGGAUAGUUAACAAGGAGCCAUUUAUAAUGCACUGGCUGAAUUCCCAAAGUAUAAAGACUGAUCCUACCAUGCUGCUUGCUCUAUUUGAAGCUGCUGUUUUUUCAUGUUCUGAUGAAAAAUUAAAUGCCAAGGAAAGAAUAGACGUUUGCCUUCCACUUUAUAAAAAUAUGAUCCUCGUCAAUCAUAUUCUAAAUAGGCCUUCUGCAGCAGUGGACAUGUGUAAACGGCUGCUCGAUGAUUGGAGUGAUAAUUGUGACAUCCUAGAGGCUUUAUGUUCUGUAUAUCUUAAAAUUGAACAGCCAAAUGAUGGCAUGGAAGUCUGGAUGACUGCAUUCAGAAAUAGUCCUGAAAAUACACAAAUAUUAUAUAAUGUCUGCAGAUUUUUAGUAGAACAGGGAUGGGUUGAUAAUAUACCAGUGUUAAUAGAAGAGUUCCUCAAGUCAUUCUUUGAAACAGUCGAUGAUCAGUACAGUCCAGCAGAUCUUCUGAGGCAUCUACUGAAUGUCUCUGUGCCACUGGAUUUCAAAGCACCUGUAUGCAAAGUCGAAGGAUGUUUUAAUGCUUCAGAUUUGCAAACGUCUUAUCUCUGGCUUGUUUUCUGCCUAUGGCAAUCUCUAUACGCAAGCACAGCUGAGUCAGUUGAUGCAUAUGAAUCUGCACUGGGGGCUGUUACUCAACAGAAUAUGCUGCAGAAGCUUUGGAUGGAUUAUCUUGUCUUUACGAACAGUAAACUUGUGGGAUUCAGAAAUAAAGUCCAAGAUUGUAAGCAUUUUACAGAUUUAGUUAACAGAUGCCUACUGACGGUUCCUACACGGUACCCAACUCCUUUUAGCACAGCUGAUUAUUGGACCAACUAUGAGUUUCACAAUUCAGUUAUUUGCUUUUAUGUGAGCUGUGUUCCCAAGUCACAGCAUUCUAAGAUUUUGGAGCGCUUUUUCUCCAUGAUGCCUGCAAAUCUUGGUCUUGCACUCAGGGUACUUAAGCAAGAAUUGGAAGACAACAAUAUGCAAACUGUGAAAAUGCAGUCGAAGAUGUUUACGUAUAACUUCCCAAUGUGCCUGUCCAUCUGGAAAAUAGCCAUUGCAGCAGAAACGUUACUAAAAGGACAGAAGGAGGUCCAUCGUUUGUAUGAAAGAGCACUUCAGAAGUUGCCUCUGUGUGCUGAACUCUGGAAAGAUCAACUCUUGUUUGAAGCAUCAGGAGGAGGUAAAACUGAUAACCUGAGAAAACUAGUUUCCAAGUGCCAAGAGGUGGGAGUCAGCCUAGAUGAGCUCUUAAAUUUAAAAACAGAAAGCAAGAAUCACUGAACACUGGUUGGUUGCAUUCACACCAAAGUCCUAUACUAAAUUGCCAAAACGGUCCUGUAAAGUCUGUUUCAGAUUAGCAUGUGAAAGUCAGACCUCCUCUGAACCAACAAUGCUUUCUGUAACUGGGAAGUCAAAAUGUAUUGCCCAUCUUUAACGGAAGAUUUGAAUUCCAUACUCAGGCCUACUUCUAGGCCCAACAAGGUUCUCUCCUUAACAUCAUGUCCGUAAGUAUAGUUAAAUCGACUGCUGUUUUAUUGUUUUUGUCUGUUUUUGUGUUUAUUCUCCUCUUACCCUUGAUUUAUUUUGCAAUCCCCAUUUGUUGUGCCGUUUUCUAACUUGCUUGACUCUCUCACUGAUGCCUGUGAGACCUCGUGUUUAGCUAUGGAGACUGCUGUUUACAAUCCAAUUAGGAACACUCAGUCUCUCUUCAGUCUUCUUAAUCUUUAAUUUCUUCUCAUUUUAAAGAUAUCUCUGGGGAACUGACUAAUUUAUAUAGCUAAGGCAAAAAGCAGCAGGCCCUCAGCAGAAGUAAGGCCAUCAGUCUGCUAAGUGCACUUGAGGGAAACCCCCUUUUUUUCUAUUUCUGUUUUUCGUAUUUUUUUUUUUUCGUUUUUAUUUCCUAUUUUUAUGUCCCCUUUACAUUACUGAGCUUUGGACUCUAAAAUGGAGACUGUUAAACUUGAAGACAUAAGAUACUAUUGCAAAAAGCCAGAGCAUCAGAGCCGAAGAGUGGUCAAAUGAUAUGUGCAAUUUUUCUUUGUUAAGUUUAAUUUAUAAUAAAGUUUAACAGUAUAUAAUGGAAGACAUAUGUUUUGUAUUCUGGUACUACCUUGUGUAGUAUGAAAACUGUUUAUAAAGAUAUUUUACAUAUAAAAGUUUUAAAAAAUAAAA